AUGUUUCAUCGUAAUUUAUCAUCAUCAUCAAUGAAAUAUAUAUUAGUUACUGGUGGUGUUAUUAGUGGAAUUGGAAAAGGUAUUAUAUCAUCAAGUAUUGGUACAAUACUUUGUUCUCAUGGAUUUCGUGUUACAUCAAUUAAAAUUGAUCCAUAUAUAAAUAUUGAUGCAGGCACUUUUUCACCAUAUGAACAUGGAGAAGUCUUUGUACUUGAUGAUGGCGGGUAA